ACUCCGCCGGCCGGAGACCCCGCCCUCGGCGCCGCCGGAGCCGCCCGGAGCUCGGCCCGCUGCGGCGCUCGGACUGCGGCCUGGGGCGGAGCGGUUACCGCUGCGGGCGAGACCCGCGCAAAGUUUGCAGCUCUCGGGCCCGGUCCCCCGGGUCCUCCGCGCCCAGCGAGCGCCCCCGGCGUGCGAGCACCGGCGUGCGAGCGCAUCCCAAGCAUACUAGUUGCCAUGGAGACAGAUGCACUCUGAGUGGAUAUUCCUUUAGGUCAAGAAGCAGGAGAAGAGGCAAUAACAUCUUCUGUGGGAAAGAGAACCAGCUUCCCUGUGGUGACUGCACAGCCGGGUGUUGUAUGGAAGAACUAGGAAUCGGAAGGCCACCAUCAACAUUUCGUAUCAGCACACACGAUCAAUUCUAAGAGUCCAUGUUGACCUUGGAAGUAGAAGGAUUUAGAAGAGAGAGGUUGCCACAGAAACCAAGACCCUUACCAUCUCCCUUAGCUCUGAAGGCUGGCGGACAAUGGAUAUCAUAGAGACAGCAAAACUCGAAGGUCAUUUGGAAAGUCAAACCAACGACUCUACCAACACUUACACAAAUCCCACUGAAGCCGUAGAAGAAGAGGGCAAAAAUGGCAAGGGCAAACCCAAGACCUUAUCCAAUGGCUUACGAAAGGGUGCCAAAAAAUACCCGGACUACAUCCAGAUCUCUAUGCCCAACGACUCCAGGAACAAGUUUCCCCUGGAGUGGUGGAAAACAGGCAUUGCCUUUGUGUACGCCCUCUUCAACCUUAUCCUGACAACGGUCAUGAUCACCGUCGUGCAUGAGAGGGUCCCUCCCAAGGAGCUCAGCCCUCCUCUCCCAGACAAGUUUUUUGAUUAUGUCGACCGGGUCAAAUGGGCAUUUUCUGUAUCAGAAAUAAACGGGAUGGUAUUAGUUGGGUUAUGGAUAACCCAGUGGCUCUUUCUGAGAUACAAGUCAAUAGUGGGGCGCAGAUUCUUCUUUAUCAUGGGAACUUUAUACCUAUAUCGCUGUAUAACUAUGUACGUCACUACGUUACCUGUGCCCGGAAUGCACUUCCAAUGUGCUCCAAAGCUCAAUGGAGACUCUCAGGCAAAAAUACAACGGAUUCUCCGGCUGAUUUCUGGUGGUGGAUUGUCUAUCACGGGAUCACACAUCCUGUGUGGAGACUUCCUCUUCAGCGGUCACACUGUUGUGCUGACACUUACUUACUUGUUCAUCAAAGAAUACUCACCUCGUCACUUCUGGUGGUAUCACUUAGUCUGCUGGCUGCUGAGUGCCGCUGGGAUCAUCUGCAUUCUCGUAGCGCACGAACACUAUACUGUCGAUGUCAUCAUUGCUUAUUACAUCACCACGAGGCUGUUUUGGUGGUACCAUUCCAUGGCCAAUGAAAAGAACUUGAAGGUCUCUUCCCAGACGAAUUUCUUGUCUCGGGCUUGGUGGUUCCCCAUCUUCUACUUUUUUGAGAAGAACGUACAAGGCUCAAUUCCUUGCUGCUUUUCCUGGCCACUGUCCUGGCCCCCGGGCUGCUUCAAGUCAUCGUGCAAAAAGUAUUCACGGGUCCAGAAGAUCGGGGAGGAGAAUGAGAAGUCUACCUGAGCUGCCGAUCCGGCAGCCGCUUCUACACCAAAAGAGUCCGUGCUGCAACCAAAGGCGGAGCUAUAUAUUUAUUUUCCGAGAACUGACUGGUAAAAUGAAGUGGACCAAAUUUUAUGCAAAGGAUUGGAGCGAUGAAGUAUUACCUUUUGGCCUUUUUUUUAUUGUUAUUAUUCAUCCCAAGAAACAUAUAUUUUCUCGCAGCUCUUCAUUCACUGAUGACGAAGGUCCCAAGCUGGAGUUCUGAAGAGGCGGCAAAGAACACGCUGAGCCUCUCCGCGCCUUCCUUCGCUUCCACGUUCUUUCCAGAUUGCUUUUUUUUCCUCCCUUCAAGGUCAGAAGAGUUUGCUAACGUUUUGAAUAAAAUGUCUGGAUAUAUACAGCCGCGGUGUAAAUACGGUCAGUUGAGGGCAGCGUGGUUUCACCCUGGAGCUUAGUAGGGGCAGCCCACAGGUGGGUCAAGGUCAUUAGGGGGAGGUCUGGUAUUCCCUCCCCACCACCUACCCCCCCCCCCAGCACUAUUCAUGACUUUUACUUUCUUAAAAAAAACUGGUAAUUUUAAUUUUUUAAAGAAUGAGUAUUGCAAGGACAUGUGAAAGUGAUACACCCAUGGAUUUUUCCCCCUCUGUGGGGAUUUUUUCCACUUUCAAGUAUCUGUGGCAGAUACACAGGAAGCACAGGGAUUUCCCUGCUAUACACAAUAGAGGCUGCCUGCCUGGAGCCCAAGGUUGGUUGACCACACCAGCACAGGCUGAAAACACACAUGUGAACAGGUGCUCCCACGGGAGAGCCAGCUUGUGCUCCCCUGCUAGCUUGGGCCCUGCUGCGAUGUGUUUCUUGUUGGAAUCUAGAGAAACAUUUGGCCGCAUUCCAUGAAAACAUUUUCUUUUUCGUUAAUAGCGGGCAUCGCAGGAAAUGCGAGAUGGAUCCCGAAGGUUUACUGUUUCCCUGCCUUUGAGUAAGAUCCUCCCGAAGUGGUCCUUAGGGCACACACCACCUCUGAGUGGUUCACUUCACCCCGUGCACAUAACCCAUGGUGCUGCACAUGAACACACCCCGGGCAUCAGCUCUCGACUACAGCCUUGUGGGAACGGGCGACAGCUGUAUCUUAUGUGAAAAGAUGGAUCUCUAAGAUCGGAUGCAUUCAGAACAUCUGAUUCAGUUACAAGGUUACUCAGUGCUGGGACCUCAUAGUCCUUGCCUUGGUUUAUAUUGACUGGAAGAUUUGUUUGUAGAACUUCUAGAAAAAGCUCUAAGGUUUCACAGCAUGGGAGCAGAGGAAGGAGAGACCCAAUAGAAGAGGUGGUUCCAUUGGGUAUGGAAUGGAAUAGAGAUGGGUAUGGAAUAGAGAACAACCCUGGGUACAUCCCUGAAAGCUAGUCAACCUUGAUUAUUCAAAAUUAAACUCUAAAUUGCUUAGGGGGGUGGAAAGCACAAUACAGAUCUGUUCAGAAGGGCCGUUGUCUUCUGGUGCUAUAACUCUGUGUAUGUGUUUCAGAGUGUCUCUUUUUCUGUUACUGGGUAGGUAAAGGAUAGGGUGCUAAAUCCAAAGCCCCGAGAGAGAAUGACUUAAAUCUGGCUAUCCACAUGAGAGUAGAGACCCUAAACAUCUUUGGCAGACUUUGAAAUACAGGGAUUUUUUUCAAGUAUUUUUAUCAAGUAAGCCAAUAAUAAAUACUUACCCAGUUUGCCUUGUACUAGACAAUUCUGUACAACUCCCGUGUUCAUUUCCCCAACUUUGUGUUGGAGCAAACUGUCUUGCUUCUGGGUCUGAUUAUGAGAGAAUCAUUUGGCGCUGACGGCUGGGCUUGGCUCUAUGAGUCUCUCAUUGAAACAAAACACCCGAGAGCCUUAUGCAGCUUUGGCUAGGGAUUCUCCGUGUCUCUUCAACCAAGGAAAACACUCAAACGUUAUUACAUUUCAUGCUGAUUGUUGGGAACCCUUCAAACAGUAAACCUUGCAUUCAGUCAAGUGAACCAGGCUAUCAGAAACAAUUACCAUCACUUUCUAAAGGUCUGAAAAUACCCAUGAGCCUUGUGUGGACCCUACUGUCCCCUGUUCUUGUAUUUGCUGUGAUUCUCUAAUAGAUGCUGGUGAGAACGCAUGUGGCUUGAGAAUGAGAGGGAAAGGUCAAAGUUUCAAGGCUCAAAAGAUGACAACUCAUUGCAGAGUAGAAAAGCACGUGUAAGAGCCCCCUCAGCAAACCAUUUUGGGAUAUAAAAUAUAGACCGAUAUGAUGUUGCCUUUGAAACUAAUCUUUGAGAUGGCUCAGAUUGGUCUCCAACUUUCAAUUCUCCUGCAUCAGCCCCCUGGGUGCUGGGAUUGUGGGGGGUUGUUUCCAUGCCUACCCAGAGCAGUAAAUGAAAACAGCACCCUUUCUUUGCCCAUUAAGAUGCAGAUCUUACCCAUUACCUGUGUUUUCUGGGAGCCUGUGCUCCUGUUGGAAGGCUUUCCUGUAAGAUAGUGCUUCUGGAAUAUAACGUCUACAAAUACAGAACACACAUGAAAUCCGCCACAUGUCCCUCCUGACCCUUCCCCAUGGGGAUGGAGUUCUCUGAGACUUCAGUUUUGAGCUCCACUAGAUGUGGAAGAGGAAGUGUCCUUUCCCCCAGUUCCUCCUGAUCUAAUCGUGACUGUCUUUUGGGUUGCUGUCACCACAGGAAGCAGGUCUUUGCUGGGGACAGAAGGCAGGCUGAGAGUCAGCCCUUGAUACUCUCUGCAGGUUUGCGGCCAUCCAUUCCUUGCUGUAUCGCCAGCGCCUCCUGGUGGCCAUAUGUCGCGUUUGAAAUGCGGACGCCGAUUUAAAAAAAAUAUAUUUUCAAGGUUUCUCUAAAGUUUAUCUGUUGGACUUUUUGUUGUUGCUGUUGUUCAGGGGUUUUGUUGUUGGUUUUUGUUUUUGUUUUGUUUUGUUUUUUGCCAAAAGUUGAAAAUGUCAUAGUAAAGGAGAUAUUUUAAAGACAUUCUCAUCCUUCCCAAAGAGAAAGUGCUCAGAAUCUGGAUCAAAGAAAGUUCAAAGGUCAUGUUUACCUCCUCCGUCACAAUCAUUCAUGUCUGGUCUAUAACUUACAGACUCUGUUUACUUCAAAGCCCAAAGUCAACUGUCUCUUUCUUAUUCGUGUGCCAGAUUCAUCAUUUCACUUAUAACUAAAAGGUCUUACCUUGUUCCAUAAACAUUUUAAACUUCUUGUUAAUGUUUUGGUUUUAUACUAUAAAACUAAUUUAAAAAUUAAGCCAGUCUUAACACACUCACCCCUGUCUGUAAUGUAAGGAAGUAUGAGAAGGAAUUUCUUUUUUGUUGUUUGUUUGUUUGUUUGAGACUGGGUUUCUCUGUAUAGCCCUGGCUGUCCUGGAACUCACUCUGUAGACCAGGCUGGCCUCGAACUCAGAGAAUCCACUGCCUCUGCCUCUGUCUCCUGAAUGCUAGGAUUAAAGGCACAUGCCACCACCGCCUGGCGAGAAGGAAUUUCUUAAUAAAUGAGUUUACAUGUCUAAAUCAAGUGUAAGUUAUAUGCAUUGUGUUGGAGCCUUUUCUACGUUUAUGUGUAAAGAUUUCUGAUAUUGUUGUCUUUAGAGCCAUUGCGUUGCAAUAAUUUAGCUCCUUUGACUAAUUUGACAAAAUACAUCUUUUAUGAAGAAGUACUCUUGACUUUGGUAUCUGAAUACUGAAAAUCAUGUCAGAGGUACCCAAAGAUAAGUUUUUAUACAGAUCGAUGCCUCGUAAGUGCUGGUUUCUUACCCACUAAACUAACUUGCUGUACUGUGUUCUCAAUGAGUCAUGAAAGACAAGAGUGGGCCACUGUAGAGUUAUUUAAACUGUCCUUUCAAAGAUAAGAAACUAAGCUAAUCUAGUUGCCAAGUGGGAAUUCCUUAUUUAAUUUACCUCCUAUGCAAUGAUUAAUGCUGCAAAAUGUUUGGUUAAUAAGUUAUAGUACAUUCACAAAAGAAAAAAUGUUCUUAAGGUGUGAGAAGCAGCCAGUUGCUUUCUUUUGGAAAUUUACUAUACUGUUUCAAUGUGUUAAGUGCCUUGUUGUAAAGUAAAAUUUUAAGUCUAGAAUUCAUUAUUUUCUUGACCUAUAUUUUUCAUUAUGAUUAUCUACUGUGUGCUGUUGUAAUCAUUUUAUUAAAUGCUUACAUUUUAAUCAAA